AGCAAUGUGCGUUAUCUUCCCUUCCCAAGGACCUUUCACUUGCCUUGGCAAAAGCUCCCUAUGGUAUACAUAGUGCCCCAGUGCUCCAAAUCCACCAUAACCCCUGCAGACUACAGUAAACUGAGUGAUGCAGCAGCCACAUCCAUCAAAAUGUAAUGCAUUCUUCGCACAAUUCGUUCAUGGAGUAAUACAUGAAGCUUCCACUAGUUAGACAUCUAACUACAUACGGAGUACUAAACUUUUUCAAGAGCAGUUCUCAAAUCAGCAAUGUGGCAGUUUCCUCACCAGGUGAAGACGUCACCGGAGGUGGUCAGCGCAGCGGAAUGGAUGCCGCCUAGCGCGAGGAGGCGGAGGUCCCGGAGGUUGGGGUUGUGGCGGGGAACGAAGGCGGACGACUCGUCACCGAGGCCGAGGCGGCCGCCGUCGCCCUUGCCCCACACCCAGGCGCCUCCUUCGACGAAGAGCGCGGAGUGGAAGAGCCCGCAGGAGAUCCCCACCUCCACGCCAGACGUCUCCCCCUCGGAGGAGAGGCGUCCGGGGGUGGGCGCGAGUCGCGGGUCUGAGUCGGAGAGAAGGAGGUGGGCGACGGGUGACGGGUAGAGGCGGCGCUCCUCCUUGCCGCCGCCGAGCUGGCCGGACGCGCCACGGCCCCACGAGAGGAGGGAGAAUGGGGUGGUUCCGUUAGAGUAGAGUGUUGGGGUGGCAUUCGAGGCUGACGAGGAGGAGAAGAAGCGGCGGUGCGGGAGGAAGCGGCGGAACAUUGUCGGCGGCGGCGGCGCGUUUGGCCUGUGAGAGACGAAGCGGAGGGGACGACUAAUAUUAAUCGGGUUUACGGGUGGGAACCCGUUAAUUUCCAAGUGCCCGUUUACAACUAUCGGGCGCGUCCAACCUCUCCCCUUUGCCACCGCACCAAGGGAGGUCGGCGAGAGCAGCUGGCAGGCGCGGAAGCCAUGGCGAACAAGGCAACGGCGGCGAACUCAUGGCGGUGGCGGCUUCUGCUUCUGCUCCUCGUCACCGUGGCUGCCCUAUGCUGGAUUCCCCCUGCGAUCGCAGCAGCUGCGGCGGCCGCGGCCGCAUCGACCGCCAACGGAGCGCGGAGGUCGCUGCUCGGCUUCGUGGAGGCGCAGGGGAACGCCUCCUACCAGUGCACGCCCUCGGGGCCCUGCAUCCCCUGCCAGUACUCUGAGAAGAAUGAUGAAAAGUACAGCUGCAGCGAAACUGGCUAUCGCCUGCCCUUGAAAUGUGUACAAGCGCAAAAUGGUACAAAAGAAGGAAAUAAGAGCAAGCAGAGGAAGAUAUUGGAUGAUGCAUCUGCAUCAGGCGACACGAAAUCCAAAUCAGGUGGCCCAAAGCAUUAUACUACUUACAGGAGUUGCGUGCCAUUGGAGGGUGAAGAGAAGUUAUCUUUUCUUGGUUUUGAGCAUGAAUCACAAGUCAUAAAAGGGCGGCCUGGUGCAAGUGGUAGUGCUUGCCGCCUGUGAACCGAGAGGUCACAGGUUCGAGCGGUGGCCUCUACACAUUGCACGGUAAUAAUGGCCGGGAUGCUGCUAGUAAGCGGCCCAUUUGUAUAUUACCGCAAACGGCGUACAAAUCUUAUGCAGGGAGCUGCAAGAAUCCCAACAAGUCCUAGGUUCUAGUUCGGAUGAUAACUGAUUGGAAGCUUUAUGUUGACUUUGUGCAUCUUUCUUAUGGUGCUUUUCCUCUGUCAUUGAAUUAUUGUAUUUACACAUGUAAUUUUGUAAGAGGCAAAGAGCAUGUUAGGUCUUACGGAAGUAGAAAAUCACAGUGGUUAGUCUCAUUGUGCCUUUUCUUGAAUCAAAUCUCAUGUAUAAUGUAUACAAAUUUACCAUUUUGUUGCCCCGAAGAAGUUGCCCUGACCAAGGAACAACUUUGUUGCUGGCGAUCAAUUGUGUAACUUUCUGCCUCAAUGCAUAGUGAAUGUUAUUA